AUGUACCGUGGCCGUGCCCGGCACGGCAACAGCCGCGACAAUGGACGGCAUGGUGAUUCGUUCGGAGCGGGACGACCGCCACACCCUCCUGGUCAAGCUGCGGGUGGGCUCCGGUACGACGACCCCCCGAUACAAGCCGUGAGUCCCGGAGUGGCCGGUGGUGGUCCUGGCCGCGCCCGGCACGAUCGCGACCAGCGCGGCCGGAGUUCUCGUUCACGUUCUUCCUCGCGGCACGGAGCGGCCGGCUGGCCCUCGGAACCGGGCGCUCCACGCCGUCGGUCUCGCAGCCCUGGUGGUCGUGAAUAUAACGGUCGCGGCCGCGGUGGCGGUAGCCGCACUCGUAGUCGAGGCGGCGGCGGCGAUUAUCGACGUGAUUCGAGCCGUGGUGGCAGCCAUGAGCGCAGUCGUGAGAAUUCUCCUGACCGUUAUCGAAAUUAUCGCGAGCGUCCACGGCCCCAUCGCAGAGAACCAACGAGUCAGACAUUGAUACUGGAGAACCUCCCCUAUGAGGUCUCGGAGAAAGACAUUCUCCUGGGCAUGGACCACGCUUCAGGAAAUCCCCGAAUGUCAACCGACCAGGUCCGAUUUGUGAGAAUCCGUAAUAACAAGAGAGGCGGUAAAAUCGCCUUUGUCGAGUUUUGGGGCCUUUCUGACGCCACUGACUUUUUCGAUCGCUUCUACCCAACUGUUUCUUUUCCCCUAAUAAAGUCCCGAGGCAUCGAUUCAGAACCCAUUCCUGUUGGGCUCAAUUACAGCAGGCCCCGAGAAGACAUGGGUCGCCACGAUCCGCGCGGUGACGACGGUGCUUGGAAUUGCCUCGAGUGCGGUAUCUCGAACUAUCCUCACCGAGCUGCGUGUUACAAGUGCAAAGUAGAGCGACCUGACGAUUGGACCAUGGGUGGCUACGGCGGCUAUGACGCCCACCCCUCUGGUGGAUUCAUCCUGACUGGCGAAACGGACCAAUGUCCUCAGCAAGCUCCGUCCCAGUUCAUCGUAAUCCGGGAUCUUGAGCCCUCCGUUACCGAGGAGGUUCUCGCCAAAGGCGUCGCGAAGCUUUUCCUGGACAAUGAACGGCCGCCCCCUAAGGAGCCAAAGCCAACCUCGAACAAACUCAAGUCAACUGCUCCGACCAACAGCACCGUCGGCCUUGGUGCUGCGCCGGGCUCUUUGCGUCGCGUUUUCCUGAUCCGUGACCGCCGGUCUAACGAAUCUUGGAGAUACGGAUUCGCAGAGUUUGCCACCGUCGAGGACGCCAGAGCUGCUGUCGCGAAGUUCAGGGCCUCGGCCAAGUUCACUAUCGCAUCAAAGCCGGUCAUGGUUGCCUUCAUUCAUUCGGGUGUAUUUGUCCCUGCAUUCGAUGCCCCGUCUCUGGAAAGCCCCGAGUUCACCUUCGCGCCUAUCUAUAAUCCCGACCUCCGUGUCAAGUACUGGGAUGAUCGCGCCUAUCCCAGCACACUCGUCGUCUCCAGCGGGCCCGAUCCUUCCAGCUCCAACCUGCCAGGAUCCAGCGGAGAUGCCGACAAGAACCCCGCUUCCUCCGGCGGCAAGGGUGGCCCCGCUUCUCAAGAUGCUUCAGGGAAGAAGGCGAAGAAGGACAAAGAUGCCCUCGCCAGCAAGAAAGCGUUGGCCAUGGCUCCUCAGAUGCAAAUGUGGGCAAAGAAGGCUGCAGAGUUGCACGGCACCCCGAAAGAACGGCGCGAUGAUGGACUGGGCAACUCCCUCACUGGUGGCCCUGCGAGUGCGUCUGGCCCCUCCGACCAGAAAGUGCCCGGUAGUGGACCGUCUCUAGAUGCACCGGAUUCCACGAAUCCGGUACACCCGCAUCCGAGAGACCAGUACGUGUCCUUCGCCGACUGGGACAACCUGGAAUGUCUUCUCUGCGGAAAGUUCAGGACCGACGAGGGGCUCAUUCACCACGAGGUCAGUACCCACGACUGCUUCAAGGAUGAGGCCGUGAAGGCGCAGGCGGCAAAGCUGCUUGCCGAUCGUGGGAAAGAGCCACGAAACAUCAUCCGACGCGUUCCCCGCCUCAAGCGCGACCCGCUCCCCGUCUACACCUCUUAUGCCGACCAGGACAAGCUCACCUGCUACAUCUGCAAACGGGAAUUCACGUGUGUCAACACCUUCCGGUACCACGAACGGGAGAGCGAGCUGCACAAACGAAACUUGGCCAUCCCCGGCAGAAUUGAGGAGGCCGUCGCCGAACUUGCCAAGGAAGGAUGGACGCCGGCCAAGAUGCAUCCCCUAGGCUACCACGGGCCCGUCCGUCCGCAGCCGACGACCCAGGGCUCGCAGUACCGCGACCGCGCCCUGGAGCGGCGCACGGUCUACAACCAGCCCAGCAAGCCGGCGGCGCAGCCGGCCAAGGGGGGCGGCGCCGGCGCCGGCGGCAACGAGGAGCCUGUGGCGGCGGCGCCGGCGGCGCAGCCGCCCAAGGAGUCCAAGGGCGCGGGCCUGCUGGCCAAGAUGGGCUGGGCGGCGGGCUCGGGCCUGGGCGCGCAGGGCGCGGGCCGCACCGAGGCGCUCAGCACGGAGCUGUACGCGCCCCGCGUCGGCCUCGGUGCCGAGGGCGGGCGGCUCGGCGACGCCGCAGAAGAGGCGGUGCGCAAGACCCGCAACGACUUUGGCGACUUUGUCGCAAAGACCAAGGACAAGGCGCGCGAGCGCUUCGAGAGGCUCGGGUAG